AUGCCUCCAAAAGUCGGUGGAAAGAGCAAGCAAAUCCAAGCUGCCAAGUCAGCUGCUGGUAACCAAAAGGGUGCCAGAAAGAAAUGGUCCAAGGGAAAAUCCAAGGAAAAGUUAGCUAACUUGGUCCUCCUCGACAAGGAAACCUUCAACAAGGUCAACAAGGAGUUGCCAGGUCAAAAGGUCAUCACCAUUGCCAACGUUUCUGACAAGUACAAGGUCAACGGUUCACUCGCCCGUCGUAUCAUCAGAGAUUUUGCCGCCAAGGGCCAAAUCAAGAAGGUCAUCUACUCUCAUCGUAGUGGUAUCUUCACCAAGGUCUAA